AUGUCAGUGCUCGGAAUCGACAUAGGAAAUGAUAACUCCGUGGUUGCAGCGAUCAACAAGGGAGCGAUCAACAUCGUGCGGAACGAUGUGUCGGAGCGCCUGACGCCCACGAUGGUGGCGUUCACGGAGAAGGAGAGGCUAAUUGGAGACAACGCUCUAGCGAAAUUGAAAUCCAACUUCAGGAACACAUGCAGGAAUAUAAAGAACCUCAUUGGGAAGUUAGCGGUGCAAGCUCAGGAAGACGACAUAGAGCUCAGCGAAUCCUUUGGAAAUUUAGUCCCAUGUGAGCAUAAUUAUCUGGGCUUCCAGGUUGAAUAUAAAAAUGAGAAGAUCGAUAUAAGUGCCGUGCGGGUCUUGUCGGCUCUCCUCUUUUCUCUAAUCAAGUUGGCCGAAAAAUAUAUAGGGAAAGAAUGCACCGAAAUUGUUUUGUCGUACCCCCCUACCUUCACGAACAACCAGAAGGAAUGUCUCCUCGCAGCGACAAAGAUUAUUAACGUAAACGCGCUUAGAAUCAUUAGCGACAACACAGCCGUUGCUCUGGAUUAUGGCAUGUACAGAAUGAAAGAAUUUAAAAAUGAUGUCGGCUCGGUGGUUGUCUUCGUUAACAUAGGUUACGCGAACACAUGUGUGUGUGUUGCUCGAUUUUUCUCCAAUAAGUGUGAAAUUCUGAGUGACGUGGCGGACACCAAUUUGGGGGGAAGGAACAUCGACAAUGAGAUCAUAAAAUAUAUCAACAAUGUAUUUGUGAAUUCGCAUAAGAUGAACCCGUUAUAUAAGAUAAGGUCUACCGAUCUGUGCGAAAUGGGAACGGGGAAGCUGAACCCAUAUUUUGUCACCUCUAACAAUGAGACGAGCCAGAUUGACCACAAGAUAAGGGUGAAAUUGCAAGACGUCGCGGUGAAGACGAAGAAGAUCCUCUCAGCGAACAACGAAACUUCUAUACACGUGGAGUGCCUUUAUGAAGAUCUGGACUGUCAAGGAUUCAUAAGCAGAGACAGCUUUGAAGAGUUGUGUGCCCCGUUCUUUCUUUCUAAAUUGAAAACCUUAUUAAAUAAAGCCAUGCAAGUGAGCAAGUUCAACAUCGCCGAUGUGCAAUCGAUCGAGAUUUUAGGAGGUUCCACCAGAAUACCAUUCAUACAAAAAUUUCUGCAACAAUAUUUCGACAAGCCAUUAUCCAAAACGUUAAUUGCGGACGAAUCCGUUGCCAGGGGUUGCGUCCUCUCAGGAGCCAUGAUCAGUAAACACUACAAAGUGAAGGAAUACGAAUGCAUAGAGAGAGUCACUCACCCGAUUAGUGUCCAAUGGCAUAAUGUUAACGAUCCAUCCAAGUGCAAACUGGAAAGAUUAUACGACACAGAUUCGUUGAAGAAGAAGGUGAAGAAGGUCGUCAUUCCAGAGAAGGGACAGAUCAAAGUGACUGCUUACUAUGAGGACAGCCCAGACUUGCCACCACAUUGCAUUAAAGAGUUAGGGUCCUGUCUCAUCAAGGUGAAUGAUAAAAAUGACAAGAUUGUUGAAUCGCACGUAAUGACGACUUUCUCGGAGAGUGACACCUUCACCUUCUUAGGGGCACAGACCGUGUCCAAGACGGUGAUUAAAUCCAAGGAGGACAAAAAGAAGAGUGAAGACAAAAAGAAUAUACAAAAGGGGGACGUAGGAGGUGGGUCUGGAAGCGCAGAUGCUUCAAAUGAAGGGGAAACCGAUGGGAAGGAAAAAAAAACAAAUGAGGAUGAAUCGAAUCAAGGGAAGGACAACAAUGCCGAUGGAGCAACCCUCAAUGGCACUGCAAUCCCAUCUCACCAUAGUGGAAACAAAGCAGAGCUAAAAAAGGGAGAAGAAGGAAAAGUACAGACGUGCUACACCACACUGCCCAUCGAAGCCAUCGGAGCUCCAGGAUCAUACAGUACGAAGGAUAUCUACAACUUUAGUGAGGCAGAGAUUAACAUGCAGCACAGUGAUCUGCAAGAAGCAGAGAGAUUGAAAAAUAUAAACGAGCUUGAGACAAUCAUAUACGAAACGAGAAACAGACUGAACGGAAUGUACAAAGAUUUUGUCAUGGAUGAGGAGAGGGACUCCAUCCUGCUCGCCCUGGACGAUUGCGAAAAUUGGAUCUAUGAUAAUAUUGAUGAAAACAAAAACGCCUUUAUAAAGAAAAAGGAAGAAAUUAGGGACAGGGUAAAAGAAAUCAUUUAUAAGUAUGAUACGUACACAGCGAAGCAGAAAAAUUUGGGAAACAUUUUGAACCAUUUGAAGAAUAUCAUUGCACAAUGCGAGAAGAGACCAUCAGAGGAAGGUCAGAAGAUUAUUUCCAGGACGACAAAGCUGCUAGACAAUAUUAGCGCCAUGCAGGAGAAGGAGAUGAAGCAGCCCCUGUACGAGGCACCCCUGUAUACCCUCAAAGAUAUAGAAAACGAAUUUAACGACGUUACGCAGAUGGCGCAGAAACAUUUCUCCAAACUUGAGGCAGAAGAAUUAGCCAAACAGAAGGAGAAGGAGAAGCAGGAAAAACAGGAGAGGGAGAAAAUGGAAAAGGAAAAGAAGAAAAGCCAGCAGGCCGAUCGGAAGGAUGCCGACGACAAUGUCGAGAAGGAUAAUAAGGACGCCAAGGAGACCGACGAGACGGAUAACUCCACAAACAAGGACAACGCAGGUAGCGCGGAAGAGAAGGAUAUCUAA